AUGUCGUACAAUAUUCCAGAUGCAGACACCCCAAAGCCGCCGGGCCAGAUUCGACCAUACCCCAAGCCCACCUCCACCGGCAAGGUCGAAUUCACUGUCCCAUCCACGGGGGAGAAGGGAACGACGAUUUACAGGAUCUGGGGCACUCUCUCUCCAAACACGACACCUUUGAUCUGCUUGCACGGCGGACCAGGAAUGCUGCAUCGUAAGACACAUGCCUCAUAUGUGGUAAAACAUCGCUGAGAAUGCCCCAGACUAUAUCCUCCCCAUCAGCUUGAUCCACCAGGACUACGGAAUCCCAGUCAUCAUGUACGAUCAGCUCGGAUGCGGUGACAACACCCACAUGCAACAUCACAAAGGUGACACAUCCUUCUUCACCUUCGCUCUGCAUAUCGCUGAGCUGGAGAACCUCCAAAAACAUCUCCAGAUCAAGGAUUUCUACUUGCUCGGUCAGAGCUGUGGCGGCAUGGAAGCCGUGGAAUAUGCAGUGGACUACCAACCUCCUGGCUUGAAGAAGCUCAUCGUCUCCAACUCGCCUGCGGCAAUGCGCACUUGGUCGAAAGUCUGCAAUGGCCUGCGUGCCGCUCUCCCCAAGGAUGUACAGGAUGCGCUGGACAAGCACGAACAAGAAGGAACGACAGACUCCAGGGAAUACGAAGAGGCCACCUUCGCCUUCUACCGUCGCCAUCUCUGUCGCAUCGACCCUUUCCCGCCCGAGAUCGAAGCCAGUCUCGCCGGCAUCGCCGAGGAUAACACGGUGUACGCGACCAUGAACGGACCGAGCGAGUUCACCGUGAUUGGAACGGUGAAGGACUGGGAUUACACCCACAAGCUCAAGACUCUGACCAACGAGACCGUUCCCGGCGGCGUGUUGCUCAUCAACGGACAUUUCGACGAAGCGCAGGAUGAAGUCGUCUGGCCCUUCUUCAACCACAUCGCCGCGCGGACGAAAUGGAUCACGUUUCCCUUGAGUUCGCACACGCCGUUUCUGGAAGAGACGGAAGCUUACAUGAAAGCUCUGGGAGAGUUCUUGAUGGCCAAGUAG